CAGCGAGCGCCCGCGCCGGCUCCGCACAGUCCGCGCACCACUUUCCAGUGCCUCGCACGCGCACCCGCCGGCCACACGACCCAUCCGAAAUUACGUGAUUCCAUUUAAAGCCAUUCCUAUUCAGUGUACACAAAUAACACAUAUGUAUGUACAGUAAAUAUAGUAUUGAGUAACAGGUGCCGACUCAGAUCCUCGUGUUUGAUUGUGAGCAGCACCUUAGUUUCAGAGGUGCUUCGUUAGGCGAAGAAAGCGGAAGACAGGGGUUAACGUCUGAACAGCUGAUUAGUGGCAGUGAUCUAAACAUCGAGAACUAAUUGAGGAAGAGGAGGUGCUUCGUUCAAAAGUGGCGUGAGACGCGAUGCUGCGUCUCCACCUGACAGACAGACAUCUGCGAGUAAUGUUGUGGUGCAUCCUGCUCGGCCUCCAGCCCGCUUUCGCUGGCAUCCUGGACCCAUUCCACUGGGCGCGCUCCGACCGGAUAGAGGUCAACAUUCCCUGGUUGCCAUUUGAAAAUGAAACGAGAUGCUACGAUGAGCUCGGUUGCCUGAACAUCACCAGGAGCUGGUACCACCUCAUCCACCGGCCAUUCAACGUGUUUCCUUUACCCAGAGUCGUUAUAAAUACUAGGUUCAUCUUGUACACAAAGAAGAAUCCCACCGAUGGGCAACUAUUGAACGUGAAUGUCAACAAGACGAUAGUGAAGUCCAACUUCAGUCCGCGACGACUCACCAAAAUGAUCAUCCAUGGUUUCAUUGACACGCCUCUCUCUAACUGGGUGAGCGAGAUGAAGGACGAGCUGGUGAAGGGCGGCGACUACAACGUGGUGGUGGUGGACUGGGCAGGCGGCAGUCUACCUUUAUACACGCAAGCUACUGCGAACACGAGGCUCGUGGGGCUUGAAGUCGCGCACUUCGUUAACACGCUACAGAAAGAACACGGAUUAAAUCCACUGGAUGUUCACAUUAUUGGCCACUCUCUCGGGGCACACACCGCUGGAUACGCCGGGGAACGGAUUCAAGGCUUAGGAAGGAUCACGGGUCUCGACCCCGCAGAGCCCUAUUUCCAAGGCAUGCCGACCAAUGUACGGCUCGACCCCUCCGACGCUCAGUUCGUAGACGUCAUCCACACAGAUGGAAAGAGCAUUUUCCUUUUAGAUUUUGUGUUUAUGGCAGGAUAUGGAAUGUCGCAACCUGUGGGACAUUUAGACUUCUACCCGAAUAACGGGAAGGAGCAGCCUGGAUGUGAUCUCACUGAGGGCCCAUUGGUUCCUCUGACACUGGUCAAACAAGGUCUAGAAGAAGCGUCAAGAGUUUUAGUAGCCUGUAACCAUGUCAGAGCUAUAAAACUGUUCACAGAGUCGAUAAACAACAAAUGCCCUUACAUAGGUCAUCAGUGUCCUUCAUAUCAACACUUUUUGGCUGGAAAAUGUUUCCACUGCGGUCAUGGAUGUGCUAUUAUGGGUUUCCACGCAGACAGUUCACCGGGACUGAUAACAGAUAAAAAUAACAACUCAGAAAAUGAAGUAUACCCCUCAGAAGAACACGAAACUAUCGGUGCUAAAUACUACCUAAGUACUGGCAAGGAGCAACCGUUCUGUCAACGACACUACAAAAUUUCCAUACAACUGGCGAAUCCUAAAGGCGCGGAAUCUUGGGUCCAGGGCUUCCUGAAAGUUACUUUAUUGUCAGACAAAGGGGUAAUCAGAGGAAUGGAUCUCACUCCAAGCAAUUACGUCAAGCUAGAGCAUGGUACUACGUACACGACUGUAGUGAUUCAUCCAAUGGAUAUGGGCGGUAAAGUUAGGAAGGUGGAGUUAUCGUGGGAGUACGACAUGAAUGUACUGGAGCCGCGAUCUCUAUGCAUCCUGUGGUGCAACGACCGACUGUACGUCAAGUCUGUGACCGUUGACCAGAUGGAACUGCCUACCAGAGGGAAACGUAACGUGGACUUUAGUAGUAAGCUAUGCACGCCCAAACGGGAGUUCGCUGAAAUCCCGAACAGAGGCUCCGCUAGUUUCUACGACAACUGCGGGAGGUAGCCGUGCCAUACUGCAAGCUAGCUGGAUGUGACAGACAGAGGAUGUACCAGGGAGACGGCGAUGAAAGAUAAACGGAACAAAGUGUUUAUCUACUACAAACAAGUUGUUUGAAGCAACUAAUAAAAUAACUGCGAAAGUCCCGCCGAUUGCGCAAUUAGUCCCUAGUAGGUACAUCCCCUUUUAAAGCUUUAACGACAAAUUAUAUUAUGGACGCUACAAGCGGAACUGGUCAAGACUGAAAUGUGUGUGAUUGUGAAAUUCCAGUGAUGAUGAGUUACAGGGUGAUGUGUUUAUAUAAAUUAUAAAUAAUUUGUUGAUAGUUUAGGACUCGGCAUUAAUACCUGUUGAUAAUUUAGGUUGGAUAGGACUUGAACUAAAAUACUCAUUUUUGUUUAGAACUGUAAACUAUAACUGUAAAUAUUAGUCUUUCUAUAAGGAUUAAUAUUAUAAUUAUUUUUUAUACUUACAUAUCUCUACUGCUUAUCUAAGUUUGUCAUCACAAUUUAUAAUGAGGGUUUUAUUUAUCAAAAUACAUUUUAUAUUUUUUUAUAUGGUUUUAGUCAAAAUUCAAAAUUACCUAAAUCAUUUUUUUAAUUUAUUUAUACAAUGUUGUACCUAUUUCUCCUGGAAACAAAAUUAUAACUUAAAAGUUAUUAUUCGAAUGAUAGGUAUUUUGUACAAGAACAUGUACAAACAUAUGUUUGCCUACUUUCCUACAAUGUUAUUGCUUUAUAUAAUAUAAUAAAAAAAUAACAAAUAAAGGACUAUAAAAUUAUUUGGUUUAUUAAUUUUGUUUAUUUUCCGACGCUCUAAUAUUCACUGCAUAGAAAAAAGGUAAAAGAUUACAGAUAAAAAAUGGUUUAAUUAUUAUCUUUGACGGAGUAGAUCUUCAAACACCGGAAGUCAAUGUUAUUACCUCAGGUUAUUACCGUCACCGCAAUAAUAUUGUAAAAUCUUUGGUACCUCAUAUAUAGAUGGCGCUGUAGUGAUUUCUCUGCGUUUUACCUUCUAAUUUAAUGGAUAACACACAUAAGCAACUUAUAUCUUUGCUUUUGGGUAUUAAUGAUGACCCUUGUUAUUACACCCCGGCACAACACAUCUUCCACUCUUUAUUAUUCUGAUCAAAUUAAUGUGAAGCUAUAUAUUGUUUAUCUAUACAUAGCAACAUAAUUCUAUUCGUAUGCAACAACAAUUAUUUGUAUAUAUACCACAAAUGAGUAUUAUAGGUAAUUAUCACGUUAAAUCUGAACAGCGCCAUCUAGGGAACGUAGUCUAGAAAGUCCCUCAUUGAUUGUAUAAUAAUUAUGUUACGAUAGACAAACUUGUAUCCGAAUGCUGAAUGAACGAUGUUUUCCGUUCAUUCCUACCUGACGUACAAUCAAUCAGUCAAACUGACAGUGAGCGUACUGUACAGAUAUAGACAUAUUUUUGUUAAUUAUUCUUUGAAAUCAACCAAAUUAAAUUUUAUCAUAGUUAUCACAAAUUUAAUGUCUUCCCCAACAUCCAAGCUAGUCCUAGGCUUAUCGUGUACAAUGACAAUAGGAAUAGUGAGCUAUGUCCAUGUGAAACAAAAAUCAGACAGAGAUAAAAUGCAUGAAGGAGUAAUCAAAGACGUUGAAAGACAACAGAGAAGAAAAAUAGAAAACCUUUAUAUGUUAGAGAAACAGAAUGAACUUACAAAGAAACUAAAAAAGGAAAUUGGAAAUUCAUAGGAUUUAUAAAUAAAAGUUUUAGAAUAAGAACUAUUUAUUACUAUAAUCUAGAUUAGGUACGUUAAUAAAUAUUUGAAAUUAAA